UAUAGUGGGAUGGAUAGUCGUGUACAAAUUUAGCCCUGGGUAACCUCGAGUAAUCGAGCUUGGCGCCCCUUUUCCUUAACUCCCUACUUCAACAAUCCUCCUAAACCCAGAAAAUAAACACCUUCUGAGAACCGUUUUUUUAAACAUCUUUCUCACACACAAACUCCCCAAUUUCACAAAACCCUUUUAAGUUUACAGCAAAAGAAGGAAGAAAUGAGUACAGUAGACAAGAUGUUGAUUAAAGGAAUUCGGAGCUUUGACCCCGAAAACAAAAAUGUCAUCACUUUCUUUAAACCCUUAACUUUGAUUGUGGGCUCCAAUGGUGCCGGAAAAACUACUAUAAUUGAGUGCUUGAAGCUUUCAUGCACUGGAGAGUUGCCUCCGAAUGCUAGGUCUGGUCAGAGUUUUAUUCAUGAUCCUAAGGUAGCUGGGGAAACGGAGACUAAAGCGCAAAUCAAGCUCCGAUUUAAGACAGCAGCCGGGAAAGAUGUUGUGUGUAUUAGGUCAUUUCAGUUAACCCAAAAGGCGUCUAAGAUGGAGUAUAAAGCGAUUGAAAGUGUGCUUCAGACAAUUAAUCCCAAUAAUGGGGAGAAAGUCUGUCUCAGUUACAGAUGUGCUGAUAUGGAUCGACAAAUCCCUGCACUGAUGGGAGUUUCUAAAGCUAUUUUGGAAAAUGUGAUAUUUGUCCAUCAAGAUGAGGCUAACUGGCCACUGCAAGAUUCCUCCACUUUAAAGAGGAAGUUCGAUGAUAUUUUCUCUGCAACCAGAUACACCAAGGCAUUGGAGGUCAUCAAAAAGCUCCACAAGGAGCAAGCCCAAGAAAUCAAGACAUUCAAGCUAAAGUUAGAGCAUCUGCAAACUUUAAAAGAUUCUGCUUAUAAGCUCCGAGAGAGUAUCGCUCAAGAUAAGGAGAAAACGGAAUCCUUGAAAGUUCAAAUACAGAAUUUGGAAAAGGAAAUUGAAGAGGUUGAUGUUAAGGUACAUCAUACUGAAAGUAAGAUUAAAGAGCUGCAUAAGGUACAGAAUGAACUUACCGAAAAGCGUGCCACAAGAAAUGCUGCAUUCAAAGACCAGGAACAAAAGUAUCAAAAUCUCGAUGAAGAAAUUGAAGAUUCCUACGAAGAACUGAUGGAAUGGGAGAAGCAGUUUAAGGAAAGAAUUUCUUACCAGGACAAGGAAACUAUCAAGUUGCAAAGGCAGGGUGCUGACCAAGAGGAAACUAAUAAAGUCCUUAGCAGUAAAAUAAACCAGCAUAUCAUAGAGAUUAGCAAGCUUCAGAGUGAAUUAGAUGCUAAUGCUUCAUUGAAGAAGGAGAGAGACUCCAUAAUCCAGGAGCUCUUUUCCCAACAUAAUUUGGGGUCCCUUCCUAAGGUUCCUUACAGCGACGAAACAAUUUUGAGCUAUACAAGUCGUUUAAAUGCAAGGAUUGUGGAAUUGGAGAAAGAUUUGCAGGAGAAGAAGAAAGCGAGUGAGACUGAAAUCAACACAGUAUGGAACACAUAUGAGAAUGCCUGUAGCCAUCUAAAGGAUCUUGAAGCCAAAAAACGAGCCAAAGAGGAAAGAAAGAAUGCUAUUUGUAAACGCAUUCAAGAAUAUGAGAAUGAGAAGGAGCCUUAUGAAGCUCAACUUUCUGAAAUCGAUCUGGAACAGUUAGAUGAAAAAGACAAGAAACUGAGUCAUGAGUUGGAGAGGAAGACAAAUCAACUUGGUCAAAGAAAUUUUGAUUCAAUAAUAGAUCAGAAGCAAAGUGAAUUAUUCAAGAUAAACCAGAAGAUUAAAUCUCUGAAUCGAGAAAAAGAUAAGUUGGAUGGUGAUUUAGAAACCAGAACAAAAUUGGAAACGAAGAGAACAGAAUUAGAAGCUCAAAAGAAAAAGUUGAAUAAAUUAAUGAAUGAUCAUAAGGAUAAGAUCAAGAGAGUACUAAAAGGAAAACUCCCACCUGAGAAGGAUCUUAAGGACAGCAUUCUUCAGGCUUUAAGUUCUUCAGUUACUGAGUUUAAUGAACUUGAACCUAAAUCCCGUGAAGCUGAAAAGGAAGUUGAUAGGCUACAACUGAAGAUCCAGGAGGCUAGUAUUAAUUUAAAGAAACUUCUAAAAGAUAUGGAUUCCAAAAAGAGGUUCAUUGAGUCAACGCUUCAAUCACUGGAUCAGCCAUUUUCUGGUGUUGAUUCUUAUUAUCAAGCUUUGAAUGCAGCUAAAGAUAAAAGAGAUUCUGUAAAAAGAGAAUUACUCGAGCAAGAUGGUCAGUUUAAAAUGUGUGAACCUCUGGAAAGAGUAGCUCGAGUUAGUCACAUGUGUGGUGUAUGCGAACGACCUUUUUCUUCUGCUGAAGAGGAGGACAAAUUUCUCAAGAAGCAAAAAAAUACAGCUACCCGAGGUUUAGAUCGUAUAAAAGAGCUGUCUGCAAAAUCUGCAAUUGCUGAUGCCCUUUUCGAGCAGUUGAACAACCUCCGAGUUGUGUAUGAAGAGUACACUAAAAUUUGCACAGAGACAGUACCUCAAGCAGAGGCAAAAAUAGCUGAACUUAAUGAAGAAUUGGACUCAAAAACACAGCCACUCGAUGAUAUUUUAGGUAUUGUUGCUCAAGUUAAGGCUGACAAGGAUUCAAUUGAGACUAUGGUGCCGCAUGUGGAGACAGCAGACUGGCAUAUUCAGCAGAUAAAGAACUUACAACAUCAAAUUGAUAAGCUGGAGGAAGAGUUAGAUAAUCGAGGACAGACUGUUAGAUCAAUGGAGGAAGUUAAGUCAGAGCUCAGUGAUCUCCAGAAUACCAUAACUAGUUUGCAAAAUGAUGUGGACAAGUUAAGAGAUGAUCAGAAGUGUUUGAUGGGAGCUAUAAAUACUGUAACUGCACGGAUGUAUUCAGCUAGGGAAGAGAAAGGAAAAACUCAAGCUUUAAUAAAUGCGCUGAAGAAAGUGGAGAAUGAGCUUGAACGUUUGAUGGAGGAGAAAAGUCAAGUUGAGCUUGAAGAGAAGCAACUUGUGGAGGCUAUCAGUCCUUUGACCAUGGAAACAAAGAAACUGUUACGUGAGCACAAUGCUCUGAGAGAAAGACUAAAUAGCAAACUUGAAAAGCAAUCUGAACUCUGGAGGAAUCAGCGGCAGGAGGUUGUAGACCUUGGAAAAUUGAAUUCCAAGAUAAAUGAGUUUAAUGAGAUUAAAAAAGCUGAGCAGUUAAAGGAACUGCAUAUAAAAAAGUUACAAUCAGAAUCUCAGCUUCAGCAAUGUGAUCAAAGAAAGAAAGAGAUAUCUGAUGAAUUGAAAAGAGCCCAGGAAGAGAAGGUCAAGCAAGAGUUAAUGAAACAUAGAAUUAAUCAAAACAUUUUAUAUAGGGUAGCAAAAGCUAGAGUAGAUGAGCUGACUCGUGAGCUGGAGUCAUUGGAGCAGAGACAAGUAGACAUGGGUAGUUUAGAGGUAUUUGAGGCCAAGCUAUUGAAGUUAAAUCAAGAAAGAGACAGUUUUUUGUCAGAGUUUAAUAGGUUUGGUGGAACAAUGUCUGUGUAUGAAAGCAACAUAUCAAAAAAUACGAUUGACCUUAAACAGCCACAAUACAAGGAUAUAGACAAACGCUACUUUGACCAACUAAUUCAGCUCAAGACCACAGAAAUGGCUAACAAGGACCUUGAUAGAUACUACAAUGCUCUUGACAAGGCACUCAUGCGUUUUCACACUAUAAAAAUGGAAGAAAUAAAUAGAAUUAUUAGAGAACUGUGGCAGCAAACUUACCGAGGUCAGGACAUUGAUUACAUAUACAUCCAUUCUGAUUCUGAAGCUGCUGGGACUAGAUCUUACAGUUAUAAGGUGCUUAUGCAAACAGGUGACGCAGAACUGGAAAUGCGUGGAAGAUGCAGUGCUGGCCAGAAGGUUCUUGCUUCACUUAUUAUAAGGUUAGCCUUAGCAGAAACUUUCUGCCUCAAUUGUGGGAUUUUGGCACUUGAUGAACCAACAACAAACUUGGAUGGCCCAAAUUCUGAGAGUUUGGCUGCUGCUCUUCUUAGGAUUAUGGAGGACAGGAAAGGGCAAGAAAAUUUCCAACUAAUUGUCAUUACACAUGAUGAACGAUUCGCUCAACUAAUUGGUCAACGGCAGCAUGCAGAGAAAUAUUAUCGGGUUUACAAAGAUGAGCACCAACAUAGCAUAAUUUCUGCUCAGGAGAUCUUUGAUUGAUGUUCCUUAAGAUUACCAGUGCACUUUUUUGGAAGUUCUCAGAAAACAAAUGAAUCCCCAUUCCCCAAUGGCUAUGUCAAUUAAGUACAGAUGUUACUGUUAGGGAUACAGGACUGUAUUUUAUGAUUCUGCAUUAAAACAGAGUUGUAUUAUCCUUUGCAUUUUAUUUUAGAAAAUUUAACUCUGAAGGUCUUAUCUUUGGUUAAUUAUCUUUUAAAUAUCCAAUCUUAAGGUGGCUAUAUUUGUGUACCCAUUUGAUGAAAAAAACUAAGCUUCCACUCGUGAUGUACUCACGACUCAUGUAGCUCAGAGACGCCCAUUGUUUUUCAUUUUUUUUGGCUUUUAUCAGUUUUUUUACCCCAGCUCAUUUGAAGGCAGAAUACCAAGUAUGCUUUUCCAAA